AUGGUCGUCGUCCUUCAGCCACCCCCAGCUUCGUCUCCACCCAACGUAGCCACCCGAGAGCACGGCAGCAACCUCCCUGGAUUAAGAAGCCAAUCCGCCAAGCCAUCGACUUCGACUUUGGUGAGACGGUUUUGGCCGGAGAUCUUGGCUAACGCAGGCAUAGGAGCGACGGUGCACAGUGCUGCAUAUGCUACAACGGCGAAGGAGGAUUUUGACUGGUUGAUGAAUGAUGGUGUAGCAGAAGAUCGGGUGCCCAAUUCAGUUUCGGGGCCUUGGAAGCCGGUCGUUUAUGCUGCAAAAGCUACUUAUGACUCCGCAUUUCUUACUUGUCCAUAUCCAACGUUGCCUCCUGGUCCUAGAAGGUUACCUCUCAUUGGUAACCUUCAUCUUCUCUUUAAUGAUUUACCCCAAUCUGUCCUUGAACACCUUACCAAUAAAUAUGGACCAUUCAUGUACUUGCAACUAGGCUCAAAAUAUACUUUAGUAGUAUCCUCAGCCCAAACGGCAAGAGUUAUGGCAAGAGAGGUUUUCAAAACUCAUGACCUAAUUUUUUCAGGUAGACCAAGCUUGUAUGGUGGAAAUAAGCUCACCUAUGACUCUGUCAGCUUAUCUUUUUCUCCUUAUGGUGAGUACUGGAGAUUGUGAUGUUGGACCUACUUGGUCCCAAGAGAGUUCCAAGUGUUUCGUUCUGUGAGGGAUGAAGAGGUUGCAGUUAUGAUCGACUUUAUAACCCGCAAUUCUAAGGGUCUCAUCAAUCUCAGUGAAGUGACACUUAGCAAUGGAUAUAGUGCAGAUUAUUCACCAUGGAUGGGUUGGCUAAACAAGUUGAGUGAUCUUGAACAAAGGGCAGACAAGUGUUUUAAAGGGCUGGACAACAUCUAACAAGUGAUUGAGGAACACCGUGAUCCUGAAAGGCUUGAACCAGAGCAUAAAGAUCUUGUUGAUGUACUGCUUUGAGUUCAAAAAGAUCCAAAUCAAGCAAUUGCCCUCACUAAUGACCAAAUGAAGGGUGUUAUUACUAGUAUUAAAAUUGCUAAAUGUGCAUGCAGGAUAACUGAUACAACCACAUCGACACUGGUGUGGACAAUGGCUGAGCUGAUUAGGAACCCUGUGGCGUUGACGAAAGCACAAAAUGAGGUGAGAGAACUCAUCAAGAACAAAGGGAAGGUUGAAGAAAGUGCUUCUCAACUCAUGUACCUAAAGUCAGUCAUCAAGGAAGGUCUUCGAUUACAUCCGCCAUUGCCAUUACAAAUUUCAAGACAAACCACAGAGAAUUGCACAAUUGAAGAGUACCACAUUCCUGCCAACACAAUGGUGUUUGUUCAUGCAAAAAUGAUUGGAAGGGACCCGAAAUGUUGGGAGAAUCCAAAUGAAUUCUUCCCUGACAGAUUCUCGAACAGCUCAGUUGAUUACAAUGGAAAUCACUAUGAGUUUUUACCAUUUGGGGUAGGAAGGAGGGGUUGUCCUGGUAUGAACUUUGCUGUGCAGGUUAUUGAGCUUGCACUUGCUAAUCUUCUCUAUUGUUUUGACUGGGAACUGCCUCAUGGGGUGAAAAGAGAAGACUUGGACAUGAAAGAAGCUGUUGGGCUUACAGUGCAAAAGAAAGUUCAUUUAUGUCUAGCUGCUACCCCUGAAAAUUUAGUUAGAACCAUACAAAUUCUUGUAUGGAUCAUGUUAAAGCUUACGUGA